CACAACCGCUGUGGAGGUAAACAUGGCGACCAUGGGACCUCUGGGGAGAAUUGCUAGACUGGGCUCCAGCAUCUGCAGGAACCAUCGUUUAAUUUUUAACAGAAGCGCACAGAAACGAGGGAUAGCUUCUUGUAUCGACGCUGCUCAUGGACUCACAGAUGAACAGAAGGAGUUUCAAAAAAUGGCCUUUGACUUUGCAGCCAAGGAAAUGGCUCCACACAUGGCAGAGUGGGACGAAAAGGAAAUUUUCCCAGUAGAGACGAUGCGAAAGGCAGCACAGUUAGGGUUCGGUGGGAUUUACAUUCAGCCAGAAGUCGGAGGUUCGGGACUUUCUCGGCUGGACACGACGAUCAUAUUUGAGGCCUUGUCCACAGGGUGUGCCAGCACCACAGCUUACAUCAGCAUCCACAACAUGUGUAACUGGAUGAUCGACACCUUCGGCAAUACUGAGCAGAGGGAGAAGUUCUGUCCCGAUUUGUGCACGAUGGAAAAGUUUGCUUCCUAUUGUCUCACUGAACCAGGCAGCGGCAGUGAUGCUGCUUCACUUCUGACCACUGCACAGCUGAAAGGUGACCAUUACAUCUUGAAUGGUUCUAAGGCCUUCAUCAGUGGAGGAGGAGACGCAGACGUCUACGUUGUGAUGUGCAGAACGGGAGGGAAAGGACCGAAAGGCAUCUCUUGUUUGGUGGUAGAGAAAGGAACCCCAGGCCUCAGCUUUGGGAAAAAAGAAAAGAAGGUGGGUUGGAACUCCCAGCCGACCAGGGCGGUGAUACUGGAGGAUUGUGCCGUACCAGUGAGCAACCGGCUCGGUGAGGAAGGACAAGGAUUCAACAUGGCCUUGAAAGGCCUGAAUGGAGGCAGAAUUAACAUUGCUUCCGUUUCUCUUGGGGCGGCACAUGCCUGUGUGCAGCUCGCCAGUGAUCAUCUGUUAGUACGCAAACAGUUUGGAGAGACGCUCUCCAACAACCAGUUUCUCCAGUUCAAACUGGCAGAAAUGGCCACCAAGUUGGUUGCGUCUCGUCUAAUGGUGCGUAACGCUGCCACAGCGCUGCAGGAGAACCACCCCGACGCCUCGGCUCUCUGCUCCAUGGCCAAACUCUUUGCCACAGACGAGUGCUUUAACAUCUGCAACCAGGCUCUUCAGAUGCACGGUGGGUACGGAUACCUCAAAGACUACGCAGUGCAGCAGUUUGUCCGAGACAUCAGAGCACAUCAGAUCAUAGAGGGCACAAAUGAGGUGAUGAGGUUGGUCAUUUCCCGAAGUCUGCUCUCAGAGGCCUGAUAACUCUUUUCCUCUGGAUCUUCAGUAGUGACCAUAUUGUUCUGGUCUCCCACUCUGGUUUGUUACUGUGUGACUGUUUUUUUUCCAGAAAUGCACUCUAUGCUGUGGGUUUUCUAAAAGGUCAAGGGUGAUUGGAGGUAAACUAGUCAGUUAAAUGUAGGUUUUUUCUGUUGUAAUAUCGGUUCUUUUGUUUCAUUUUUAGCACCACUGGUAGCAAAGCUCUCGGGAUGACAAUGCUGACUCAUCAGUCUGUCCAGAGUGAAAUCUCAAUAACAGUUGCACAGAUUUACAAGAGAAUUCAUCCUGAGGGGAACAUGUUUAACAAAUCUCAUGGCCAUCCAUCCAACAGUUGUGAAAAUACUUCACCAAAAGCCAUAAAAGUCGAGCUCAUGGUGGCACCAGGGGAGUCAGAGGAUUAUCAAAGUCAGUAGGAUUUAUUCUCCGGGAAAGUUCUGUGAUAAUGGAGUUUCUGUAAUCCAUCAAGUAGUUGAGAUUUUUUUUUGUCUGUAACAGAGCGGUGGAGCAACUGACAUUGUCAUCCCUAGACUCUUUAUUAUGCAAUUAAACAGAUCUGGUUUGAGAGCAAAACUUUCCACACUGCAUUCAAAACUGUUUUGUGUAAAUCCUGUUAACUGUGUAAAUCCAAAAGUUUUCUUGCAAAAUCCAAAAGUUUUAAUGUUGAACCCAGAUGAUUUGCUUGGUGUUGAGCUGAAUCUUGUGUGCGGGACCUACGCCGAAAGAUGUAAGACACAUUUCUAUUACCCAGCCUCGAUCAGAGCGACAACAUCCACUGUUAGUGAAUGAGAGUUUUGAAGUCUGGAGAAGAAGAGCAGGGCUGGAGAUGACAGAAAUCAAUCCUUAUUUUGUCAGCCAGUAGCCGCUAUCUUAGCUCGAUUAUCUGAUCAUUCACCUGUCAUUGGCUGUCUUAAUAUCCUGUAUGACAUUGUACAUGUAGCCACUAAUUAAGGAUUUUAGAUUGUUUUAAGACAGGUCCCGAUUCUGCUCAUGGCAGGCAAAAAAUGUUCAAAAGCAAAACUUUUUGAUUUGCAAAGCUUUAGAUCUGCCAUAAUACAUUUUGAGCACAUUUUUUACUUGCAAUAAAAUGUUUUGAUUCCAGUGUCCAUUGUUUUGCCCUCAAUCUUGCAGUGGUAUUAAUCUAAGCGUAGAUCAGGAAAAGUUUUUGUUUUUUUUUCAUCUGAACAUUGUUUUCUUCAAAGCUGCUCAUUUAGAUUCAAAGUUUAACACUAACAUCUAUGUUGAUAAAAUGGUGUGGUUGUUUUAUGUAUCAAACAUGUUUAUCACAUGCAGCUCUGAGCCUAAAGUGGCCUUUUAGAUCUUAUUUAUAUUCAGGGUUACUGUAAUGUAAUUGAUGACAUAGUUAAAACAUGGGUUAUGUAUUAAAAUGGCACAUUAUAAAUUAUGUCUGCUCAUCACACUCCAAAUAAAAUAACUGAUUUCAUAAAA